AUGUGCAGGUAUCUAAGGACCAGUCGGCUCCUUGGGAAAGAGGAAAUCUCCGCGUGGCCAGUGAGCAGCUCUGCGGGCUCAGACUGCCCUGCAGCCGCUAGUGUCUGGGAGUGGGGCCGCCUGGCGGUGUGCUUGUGCCCUGUGUCGCCCGCCCUUCUCCCGCCUUUGGUAUUGAAAUUUAAAAUCAUAUUCGCAUUAAAACAUAAGCUAUUUCUCAAUUGCAGAUUUAGUACCUCAAGACAAACUCUUAUGUGGAUUCCAGAUUCUUUUUUUUCCAGUUUGCUGAGUGGGAGAAUCUCAACGCUUCGGGAUGGAACUGGUGCUAUAUUUAUUGAUAGAGAUCCAGCAGCUUUUGCACCCAUUUUAAAUUUUCUUCGGACAAAAGAACUAGAUUUAAGGGGAGUGAGCAUUAACGUUCUCAGGCAUGAGGCCGAGUUCUAUGGGAUCACGCCGCUAGUGAGAAGGCUCCUCCUGUGUGAGGAGCUGGAGCGCUCGUCCUGCGGCAGCGUGCUUUUCCACGGCUAUCUGCCCCCGCCAGGUAUCCCUAGUCGUAAAAUAAACAACACAGCGAGAUCUGAUUCCAGGGAUGCACUUGGUUCUGUGGAAGGCGAGGCCCGGGGCAGUGGUGCACAGCCUGUUCUCUCUGCUACUGGAGAAGAAACCGUGAGGCUGGCAGGACUUCCUGUGGACCCACGAAAGGUGCUCAUUGUCGCUGGCCAUCACAACUGGAUUGUGGCUGCGUACGCUCACUUUGCUGUGUGCUACAGAAUCAAAGAAUCUUCAGGAUGGCAACAAGUGUUUACAAGCCCGUAUCUAGAUUGGACUAUCGAGCGGGUGGCUCUGAAUGCAAAAGUGGUCGGGGGUCCUCACGGAGACAAAGACAAAAUGGUCGCCGUGGCCUCGGAGAGCAGCAUCAUCCUGUGGAGUGUCCAGGACGGGGGCAGCGGGAGUGAAGUCGGAGUGUUCAGCCUCGGUGUUCCUGUGGACUCGCUCUUCUUUAUUGGAAACCAGCUGGUGGCCACGAGUCACACGGGGAAGGUGGGAGUGUGGAACGCCGUCACUCAGCACUGGCAGGUCCAGGAUGUCGUGCCCAUAACCAGCUGCGACACUGCCGGCUCCUUCCUGCUCCUGGGCUGCACCAACGGGUCCAUAUAUUACAUCGAUAUGCAGAAAUUUCCUCUGCGAAUGAAGGACAAUGAUCUCCUGGUAACGGAACUCUAUCACGACCCUUCAAAUGAUGCCAUCACAGCCCUGAGUGUUUACCUCACGCCCAAAACAAGUGUCAGCGGGAACUGGAUCGAGAUCGCUUACGGUACGAGCUCGGGAGCGGUGCGCGUGAUCGUGCAGCACCCGGAGACGGUCGGGUCCGGGCCGCAGCUCUUCCAGACCUUCACGGUUCACCGGAGCCCCGUGACGAAAAUCAUGCUGUCGGAGAAGCACCUGGUGUCAGUCUGUGCAGACAACAAUCACGUCCGCACGUGGACGGUCACGCGGUUCCGGGGGAUGAUCUCCACUCAGCCGGGCUCCACGCCGUUGGCGUCCUUCAAGAUCCUGUCUCUGGAAGAGACGGAGAGCCACGGGAGCUACUCCUCUGGGAAUGACAUAGGGCCUUUUGGAGAGCGCGAUGACCAGCAGGUGUUUAUUCAGAAGGUGGUUCCCAUCACCAACAAGCUGUUCGUGCGGCUCUCGUCGACCGGGAAGAGGAUCUGUGAGAUCCAGGCCGUGGACUGCACCACCAUAUCCUCCUUCACCGUGCGCGAGUGCGAGGGCUCCAGCCGGAUGGGCUCACGGCCGCGGCGCUACCUGUUCACCGGCCACAGCAACGGCAGCAUCCAGAUGUGGGACCUGACCACGGCCAUGGACAUGGUGAGCAAGAGCGAGGACAAGGACGCGGGCGGCCCGACGGAGGAGGAGCUGCUCACGCUGCUGGACCAGUGCGACCUGAGCACGUCGCGCUGUGCCACGCCCAGCAUCAGCCCCGCCACCUCCGUGCUGCAGCACAGCCGCCUGCGGGAGUCCAGUUCCAGCCUUCAGCUUCAGUACCACGAGACCAUCCACGAAGCAGCAACCUACGGGUCUGUGCGGCCUUACAGGGAGAGUCCUUUGUUAGCAAGGGCGAGGAGGACCGAGAGCUUCCACAGUUACAGGGACUUUCAGACUGUCAACUUCAGCAGAAGCGUAGAAAGAGCCGUCCCAGAAAAUGGCAACCUGGGUCCCAUUCAGGCGGAGGUGAAGGGGGCGAUGGGAGAGUGGAGCGGGUCGGAGAGGAAGUCUCCUGGGAUGGAGAGCAAAGGUGUGAGGGAUCUGGAGGGGGGUCUGGAGGUGCAUAAAGCAGCUGAGGGGUUUUCAGAAGCCAAGAAACGGUCCUCAGAAGAUGAGAGUGAAAGUAAAACAGAGCUGAAGAAGAGAGGCGGGUUUGACGGGGGCGGGUUCCUCGGAAGGAAGAAAGUCCCUCACCUGGCCUCGUCCCCGAGCACCUCUGACGGAGGGACCGACUCCCCCGGCACUGCCUCCCCGUCCCCCACCAAGACCACACCAUCUCCUCGGCACAAAAAGAGCGAUUCUUCAGGUCAGGAUUACAGCUUGUGAGACUUCAACAUGAACGGUGGUUUGUUAAAUUAGAUGAAAAUUAAGUUUUCCUGGAGUUCAUACAUUUGUUUUUACACUAAGACUCUAUGAGAUAAAAUUAGACAGUUAAUGUCUAACAGUUGCCUGGUAUAAGGAACUACAGUAAUCAUAUCUCUUGACAUUUUGGAAAUUCUUUAGCCUUACCAAGCACAUUUAACCAGGUCUCUUGUAAAGCGGAGCUCGUUUUCCCAUUUGGCUGCUGUCGCAGGCUGUGCUCCGGCUGGCUCAGGCUGGCUCGGCAGGGUGGGGACCCGUGGCCUGCACGCCUGUCGUGGUCCUGCAGGACACUUGUCUUGUUGCAGUGUUACCACUGCGAGUCACGUAAUCCUCGGUCUCCCAGCCCUCGAGGUGGCAGUGUGUUUAGCAGAUACUUGACGAGGUGCUAUGUUUGUGAUAAAAUAAUCAUGUAACUCAAACACUACUGGUGUUAAACACCAGACUCCUCUGUGUAGUGAGACUUUUAGGGUCACUUUUAGUGUUGCAGUUCUUCAGUCUCAGCUUGUGUGAUGUCUCCAGUGAAGUCCAUGUGAACGGUAUCUCAGAUUGGAGCGAUCGUCCGUCUGAAGAUGACAUAAAAAGUAAUCAUCGGGGCAGCGCUUCGAGCACCCAGAAGGAGAACUCUCCCAGUUAGGAGAACUCUCCCAGUUGUAGUCAGUCACCGUAUUUUUUUCAGUGUUAAUAAUCAAGAUAAUGAAAUGUGGCCAUCUUAAUACACUUAGGGAAGUAUAGUUGUGGAGUUUUGGUUAGAGGCUUUUGCUGGUGUCAAGAUGUUAUUUUGAAUGUAUUUUGAAUUGUAAGCAAAAAAUUUUUUGUACAUUUUUUUUCCAUUUAAUUGGAAUGAAUUUCAAGUUUCAGCAAGGAAAGUGUAAAUUUAAACCAUCAUGCAUUUAUUGCUGAAUAAUGUAUAUAUUUCCAUUCAAAAAAAUAUAAAUGAGUGAAGUUGAAAUAAAUUUAAAGUUUACUAUAUUGCCAGUGGUUUCACAAAAAUAAUUCUCUUGUAUUUAUUUAUCAGCUUAAUCAAAUAAAAGUGAUUAAGACAGUGCGUCUGGUCAUUUGAGUAGCUACUCUAUUUGAAAUGGGCCUACAUGUGUGUGUUCACCCUUUUAUUUCCUAUAAUUAGAAAUAGGAAUUUAAUAUAUUGCAAGUCUUAAGUUACAUCUCCAACAUCACCAGAGAGAAAAGUGUCAACCAAAAUUUCAAGUCACUAACAUUUUACUGUAUGACACUUGUCUCAUAUUUACUGUGACUAAAAGACUACCCAAAAACAGGCAAGGCUGUUACAUAGGCACCUUUGUAUAGAAUUGUAUAGAAUGUUACGAUGUGUUGCCUUCUACUUCAAAUAAAAUCUCUGUUCUCUCUCUCACAAAGGAGAAUGAAGCUUGGUGUUACCGCAUGGAUCUGAGUCUAGUCUGGAACUUGUAAACUUGAGUGGAUUAUUCCCACAUGCCUAGUACUUUUCCUUUUACUUCCAUCCUUAAGUUUGUGAGUAGAAGAAAAAUCACAAUGCAUUUAUGUACUUGGUAUGACUGAAGAGAAGUGAAAACAAUUAUUCUCACGACAAAAAGUUUUUCAGUUGAUUUUGCACUAGUUUCAGAGUACCAUGUAGCAGAGCAGUUGAACAGAUAAUACUGUCCUCAUUUCCCGGAUGAGCUCACCGACACCCAGAUGGGAUAAAGUUUAGCCAGCCAGUGCGCCAGCAUUCUGAAGCCGUACCUUCCCAUGUGGAGAGCCUGUGGUUUUGUCCCUGGCGUUUUCAUCCAGGCUGAUGAAUCACUCUCACCCGAGGUCGGACACAGUUGCUGAAGCCCACUCCAGUCUUGCUCAGUUUGUAUCUUGUGUUUGGGACUCAGAGUUUGAAAGAAAUAUCACAGUCGAUUCUAACAUUCGUUGAUUAGAUGGUAUCAAGAACAUCUUAUUUUCUCUACAUGGCUUUAUCAUUUAUUAUUCCUUAAAAGCCUUUAUCUAUGUGUAACUCAGGAUUAUCAGUUUUUUUCAUAAAUAUAUUAAACUUGAUUCACAUUUAAAUAUUAAGCAAACCAUGUUUAGGUUGAUGUACAUGAUAGUCAUGCCCUGGAAAUCAGCGGCUAUUCAUGACACAAGCUCUUUAUUACUGACUUAUUUCAUCUGGCCUUUAGAGGUUGAAUUACUUUUUGGCGGGGUGAGUACCUGGGAUCGAACUCAGGACCUGGUGCAUGCAAGGCAGGCAGCGGAACCAGUGAACUAAAUCCCCGGGCCCUUGGGUGAGUUAUUUUUAUGUGGAUGCUCACAGGUUUUAUGUCAGCGUAAGGUACUGUAACAGGUUUCAUGUGAAGUUCUCCACUAGUGGAAAUUACACUAGAUCAUAUACAAAGAUGCAGUGCUCAGGAGACCUUGUAAAAACAUGACUGUACUUUGCUGGCAGACAGUUAACAAGACAUGGUGGUUUUUAGAUUGAGCAGAGUGUGUGGUCUAUACAGGGGAUAGGAGGAGUCAGGAGAUUGAGAAAGAAUGGAUUUAAGAGUACCCGGAGAACUGCUUAUCCCUUGUUCUGUAAGAGACAAGUGGGUGUCCAGGAAAUAGUGCUUGUGCCCAGCAUGUUGCCCCUGGGCAUGGGCCCUUGGAGGUGCUUUACAUCGCAGGUGCUGGACACUAGGAAUGCCAGGAAGUUCCAAAGUGUACAGAGGCCUUGCCCGGCUCCAGACUAACUGGAUCAGAAUCUCGGGGAUGGGUAUUUUGUGUAACAGUCUCUGUCCACAGCACCCAUUAGAAAAGUAGGACAAUCUUGGGGUUCUUCCCUGGAAUAAAUUUGAGUAAGACUAGCUGUGUUGCAGAGGGCAGUGUUCUGGGAGAAGCCAUGCAGGCGUCUGUCUACCCUGAGCUGUGGAGUCAACAUGUGACUCAGGUAACCGAAUUCAUAACAGGGUUUAAUUGGGUCAUUAAGUGGAGAAUGAUUUAAGAUUGUUCUCUCAUCUCUGUGUUCUUUUAAAGUUUUAUAACUACACUUUUAAAAAUACACUGAGAUAUAUUGAAGAUAUAGUCCUA